CAGAUGGAACCAGAGCAGUCGUCUCUUCCACAGCGCAGGAAUCUGACUUAAUUUGAUGGGAUUAAUAGAAAGACCUUUCAGAUUGCUCUCUCGAUUGAAGAGUACUCACUUGAACAUACAAAGACACUGUAUGAUACGUAUGAGGACAGGAUAACUGCGCCAUCAGUACGUGAUCUUGUUCGAGCUAUGUAAGACUUACAGCGCCGAUAACACUAUACAACAAUCGAUUCUACCACCCGAAGAUGGAAUCUACUAUUUUGGACAAGGAACAAUUCUCACUUGUGUCACAGGAGAACUCUACUUACAGAGUCCUCCCAGACAACUCUUCAGAAAUGCUAGACCAGAACAUGACAAAUAUGGAUCCCAAGUUGAUGUGGGAGAUACUACAAGAUCAGAAUGGAAUAUACGUCACAGAAUACACCGACAUUAUCUUCAUCACGUGUUUCGCUGUCCUUAUCAUUUUCGGCGCUGUUGGGAAUGGUCUAGUGUGUUACGUUGUUGUUAAGAACCCUCACAUGCGAACGCCGAGAAAUAUCUUCAUCAUCAACCUGGCUAUAUCUGAUCUGACACUGUGCCUGUUCACUCAGCCUCUUAACCUGUAUCGUCUGCUUAACAACCAAUGGCUACUGGGCGGAUUUAUGUGUAAGUUCGUUGUUAUGUGCCAAGGGACAAAUGUGUUCGUCUCCACGAUCAGUAUCACGGCAAUAGCGUUGGACCGUUUUCAAGUGAUUGUAUACCCAACAAAAGAUAGCAUGAAAAAACUAGGAGCGGCUUCUGCCCUGUGCUCGAUUUGGAUUAUAUCGUUUCUCAUGUCGAGUCCCUUACUAAUAUUUGCAGUUUAUACAGUAGAUCAACCCGUAAUAGUUUUACCAGUUUAUUUCUUCAGAUGUUUAGAAGAUAUAACCCUAAUGGAGGAAAAGGGAGCUUACUCCGUGGCCUCGAUGAUUGUUCAGUACAUUCUACCAAUAGCUAUUGUCAUUAUAGCUCACGCGCGAAUAUGUAACAAAUUAAAAUAUCGCAUGGUUAAUCAGACCCAUGGCGGAACUAGUUUCCAGAAAAGGAAAAACGAACGGCAAUCACGACGAAAACGUAAAACCAACAUAACUCUCUCACUCAUUGCAAUAGUGUUCGCUCUUAGCUGGCUUCCAUUGAAUCUGUUUAACAUUUUGACGGAAUUUCAAUUCAGUCAUUUCAAACAUUUAAAUAUAAACCUUGCGUAUAAAAUUUGUCACAUGCUUGUAUUGAGCUCCGCCUGUACAAACCCCAUGAUUUAUGGUUGGUUGAAUGACAACUUUCGAAACGAGUUCAUGAAAGUUCUCUCCUGCUGUGCGUGCUGUGUAAAGCUGAAGUCGUUUGUCCAGCGAGUGUGUUGCUGUUCCCCUACCCACGGGGACGUUCCUGUAAUCGUCUUUACAAAGGAGAGCACCGACAAUAAUGGAGCACUACCGCACUAUGGAUCGUGACACCCAGGACGGCUGUUCCGUGACUGGUUUACAUUCCGUGACCGACUGGAAUACCCACCGGUCACAAAUCUCUCUAUAGUCUCGUCAGUAUAGUGACUAGACGCCCAGAUACUUUGUAUAUACGAACUAGUACAUCUUUCAUGCAAAUACACCGACGGAAGGCCGAAAUCUAUGUUACGUCAAUUAGCUGUUGUGGGGCGGCUCCUUGUAGAUAUGCCGCCAAAUAUAUAGAGAAAAAAAUAUCCUACAAAUAUAGUUUAUUAUUCAAUUAUAGUACCAACUUAAGUGAUAAAGACUAUAGAUACCUUAAGAAAAUGAAUAAUGUUUCGAAAUGUUUAAGAUUCCUUUAAAAUGUUUAAGUUUGUUUAAAAAUUGUUUAAAAUGUCUAAUAUUGCUUCAUACCGUAGUUAACCUAUAAAAAGAACUGUGCAAGAUAAUCGUGUGUGGGUACCUUAAUAUAUGUCAACUAACGGCUGCAUCUGACAGGUGAUUCAUCAGCAGACAGAGAGAGAGAGAGAGAGAAAGAGAAAACGAAAACAAAAGCAAAACUAUAU